CUCAAGCAGGCUCCUAGAGCCUGGUAUGAGAAGCUGAGUAACUUCUUGAUUGAGAAGGGUUUUCAUCGUGGACAAGUUGACAAAACCUUGUUCAUUAAAACUGAAAAUAAAGACACCUUGCUUGUUCAAGUUUAUGUCGACGACAUAAUCUUUGGCUCUACGAGUCAAAAAUUAUGCUCUGAGUUCGAAAAUGAUAUGAAGAAUGCCUUUGAAAUGAGUCUUAUGGGGGAAUUAACAUACUUCCUUGGAUUACAAGUAAAACAAACCAGUCAGGGAAUCUUCAUCAGUCAGACAAAAUACUUACAGAACAUGUUAAAACGUUUUGAUCUCAACAAUCUAAAAGCAGCUUUGACCCCCAUGGGAUCUUCUGUUAAACUGACAUCUGAUGAAUCUGGAAAAUCAGUAGACUGUAAGAAAUUUCGUGGAAUGAUUGGCUCCCUGUUAUAUCUCACUGCAAGUAGGCCUGAUAUUAUGCAUAGUGUAUGUGUGUGUGCACGAUUUCAGGGCAAUCCAAAGGAGAGUCAUCUCUCUGCCAUUAAACGAAUUUUUCGUUAUCUAGUAGGGACUCCUUCUCUAGGUCUCUGGUACUCUAGCUCAUCCAGUUUAGAUCUGAUUAGCUACAGUGAUUCUGACUAUGCUGGACGUGUAGUUGAUAGGAAGAGCACCUCAGGUGCUUGUCAUUUCCUAGGUUCCUCUCUUGUGUCAUGGUUCAGUAAAAAGCAAAGCUCAGUAGCUUUAUCCACAGCUGAAGCAGAGUAUAUUGCUGCUGGCUUUUGCUGUACUCAAGUCUUGUGGAUGAAAUACCAACUUGAAGACUAUGGUCUUAAGCUGGGCUCUCUUCCUAUCUUGUGUGAUAACACCAGCGCAAUUAACAUGACUAAAAACCCGGUCCAACACUCUCGAACCAAGCAUAUAGAGGUUCGCUAUCAUUUUAUUCGAGACUUGGUCCAGGAAGGAAAAAUACACUUAGAAUUUGUGGGCACUGAUUCUCAAUGGGCUGACAUAUUCACCAAACCCCUGCCUAGUGAAAAAUUCUUACCUAUUAGACGCGAACUUGGCAUGUUUACUCUAGAGGAAAUAUUGGAAAUCUCUUAGGAUUUUGUGAUCUCUCAAUUUCCUUAAAUUCUUGGAAAGAGUGUCCAUUAAGUCACUGUCUCGGAUAAUCAGCAGUCAUCUACUGAAUAUCCAAUGGAUACUUGAGUCAAGAAUGAUUCACUUACCUUCCCCCAUUCUUGUCAAGCCUCUAUAAACUUAGCAGUUUCCUCAUCAUCCAACCCCACUCUCAAAACAAACACCCUCCCACGGAUCUCUCACAACUCACCAUGGCCUUCAACAAUGCCCAGCUCCGCCCUGUUGUGGUAUUCAAAAAUCAAGGCUUUCGCAACGCCAUAGUGCACUCAAGGUACCUUCGCUGCUUCCGUGAUCGUCCCAUCUACCCAUCUUUUACCACCUCUCCUUCAGCCUUUUCCAAAUACGACAUGGACAUUUCAUCCCUGGUUGCUGGACUAGGGUGGGAAUCAUUGACUGCAGAUCAAAGGUUUCUCCACUGUCCUGAAGCAGUAAGGCUCUUCUAUGUCAAUAUUCGUCGUGACAGUGGACCUGAGCCACAGUCCUUCACAACCAUGGUCUAUGACCAUGAAAUCACUGUCACUCCUGCCUUACUGGCAUCAGUUCUCUCUCUCCCUCACUCUGGGAUUCUUGCCAGCUACGAGAGUGAUUUUGUUGAACAUGGGUUCCACUUCCUUGCUGCUCUUGACCACGUAACACGUGACACUGGCAAGGCCUUCCCCACUCGACUCUCAGCUGGUCGUCUUCCUGACGAUCUAAAGGUCCUUCAUUUCUUCAUCACACGAUGCUUCCUUCCACGAGACGUUACUAGUGCUGGUCUUCUUCACUCUGACAAUCUCUGGAUUCUGAGCAAUGCUUGUGCUCGUCAACCUAUCAGUUAUGCAUCCUUGAUGUUCGCGCAUAUACUCAAAUUCGGUGGUGGUGGCUACAGUGGUGCUUUACCCUUUGGACCUCUCAUCACUCGUUACUUGCAUCGCCUAGGAAUAGAUCUCCGGGACAAGGUGGCAGUUUGCAACAUCCAUGAUGAUUUGCGUCCCAAUCAUGUUCUAGUUCGCCUUGAUGCCGACGUUGGCCGCCGUAAGCUCGUCUCUGGCUCAGGGGGAGACUCAGCUCACUGCCCCAUUUUCUCUCCUGCUGAUCCCAUCUCUGACAGUCUACUUCCAGCCCUAACUCAAGCUGCUGUCACAGCCAUAGAUGGUGAAGUCAAACGAAGAAAGGAAACUGGUAGUGGAAAAACUACCAGCCUGUUGGUAUGCAAAGAACGUUUGGAACUCAUGGACUUUGAUGAAGCAAGGCCUGCUCCAGACGACUUUGAUCCAAUUACUCCUGACUCAAGCUCUGAUGAUGAGAUAUCAGAUUAUGAGUCACCUCCUGGUUAUCCCUUCUAGAGAAUCGAUGGUGGUACUUAGGGGGAGUCACGAGUUAUGACUAGAGAAGUCCUGUAGUUCGUUCAGUCUGUGUUUGAAUGGUGUCAGUGUCAAGUUGAUUUUCCAGUUGUUUGAUUGUUGAUUUGAAUUUCGAAAUCUGUAUUUCUGUUGAACUGAUUAAUCAUGAAUAAAAACUUCCCUUGUCACUCUUGCCAGUACCUUGCAUAGAACAGACUGCACCAAUAGUUUGCUGAGUGUGUGCAGGAAAGAAACUAGUGCAGUAGAGAGAGCCAUUGACAAGCUUAGGGGGAGCAUGUUAAGGGAAGCUCGUCAAUAGGGAAAGAAUCAACAAAUCAAAUCAAGACAAAGAUGGAAAUUCUCAAAGAAGGAAACAUGGAGCCAAAUCACAGCAAUUCAAACCUCAAUCAGACAACGACUACUUUGAAGAAAGUAGACUAUAUAACCACGAGGUUGAGCAAUGGAGAAAGCAGAGUUUUUCGGCAAUUCAAAAGAACAGAGUGUUGAGUGAACAGUGGUGAACUUUUGAUAAGAAAACUCGGUCAGCUAAUCGGAGAGAAUAGCUUGUGAAUCUGAGUGAAUAAUCAGGGAGAUUAGAACUCAGUAUUGGUGUUAGGCUGAUUGGCAGGGUGCUGAUCAUCCUAAACUAUGCAAUUGUAAUCACGAUCAAGGAAACGAUCUAGUAGAUUCGUAGGAAUCCUCAAGAGGAGAGAUUCCUACCGUGGAUUAGUCUAUAUUGGGAUCCUUCUUCUCCCAAUAUCGGAUACCACGUAAAAAGUGUUGUGCUGUGUUCUUGUUCUCCUUUUCGAGCUUUGGUUUAUACUCUGCUUGUGUGUUUGGUCACUGUGUUCAGAAACAGGGGAGUCUUCGAAGCAGGGAGGUAAGCUUGAUCAAAGGAGAGGAGCAAACAGCAGGCCGAGCAAAUUUAUUUGGAGGCCAAGCCCAGUCUACUUGUGAAUAAACGAGUGGGCUUCAA